AUGCUGAGGUGUUCUGCACGACGACGAAGACGACGACGACGACGGCAUGACCUUGAUAAAAACAAUCGCGAUCGAGAGCUCUUCUUUCUUUCAAUAAAGAAUUUUUUACUCAUCUUUCGAGCCGGGCUCACCAUCAUGUCAAAGCUGCUCGUGGGCCUAAGCUUGUUCUGUUUCAUCUUCUCCCUCUCUGAAGCAGCUCCCCCGGCCUUGAAAUUACUAGAGCUUGCCGAUGUAGCUCUGCAGCACGAAUCGGUCUCGACGGAACUGACACUCGGUCGACCCGAACAGUCCGAUUGGUCCACGGAGGUAUCCGAGCAUACACAUCUUAGCCACGACACUGAGCCCGUCACCUCAGCCGGAUCUCACGGACAAGGAUUCAACCGAUAUCUUGACGCUUCAGCUAGCCCGUCCUCACCCAUCACUCCUAGCAGCAAUGUCGCGAGUCAGGUCGAAGCCCCUACUACACAGCGUGCUCUUACUCCAGAUCUCGAUCUAUCUCGUCGAGUGGGUGUACUGCUCUAUCCACGCACUCCAGGUUUGGAUCGAUCCCUUGAGUCCGCUCUCAUACGUCCGCUACCGCAGGGAAACAUGAUGGUGCUACCGUCUCAAAUCGACUCUGUGACAUCCUCCUGGUUCGAACGCUUCUACAAAGAUGCCAUAUUAGCGUACGGUAGUCCUCCAUGGAUUCAGCGCUUCUUCCAUGAGCCAAUCAGAUCGGAUAUCGACGAUGCAACGAUUCACGAAGCCAUGACACGAGACCUUGGCAUCCUUCACGGAGACGCCUUGUUCAGGCUCAAGCUUCCGCAGCACUUCUCACCUUUCGUAGACGAUGGCGAGGUGCUGAUCAAACAUCACGACAGGCUGCGCUUUGGUCGUCAGCGGACCUUGCUCAGAGGACAGCUGUCUGUUUGGGCUGCAACGAACCGCGGAACGAGGCUUGCCUUUUUGGGCUUGUUCCACUGCCCGCCUAAGCUCUACAAGACGUUUUUGGAGCAGACGCGUGCAGAUGAGAUGGAAGUGGGCUGGCAGAGACUAUCGCAGGAUGGUGGUGUUUUUGUGCUCGAACCGGCACAUGGAGGAGAAUGA